AUGGACCCCCACGACGUCGAGAUCCUCGUGCACGUAACCGCACCAAGCAGGGCCGCCGACGACGCAAACUACAGACACCUUGCGCGCCGAUAUCUCGCCUUCCAGCCAGGACACAGACUCGACAUAGCAGCACCGCAUCUACACGCGACGGCUCAGCAAAAUGAGGUACACGUCGAGUCCUCCAGCCAGGACUACGUGACACCCAUAACGGAAGCAAUCUGCGCGGAGUCCCAAGACCUGAGUUUCCAAAGUGCCCUGGAUAACCGCUCAUCGCCGCAUCUUCGACCAAACAAGCGCUUGUCUCAAUACCACCUUCCACAAACUCCUUCGCAGUCAUCGUGGCGCGUACCGCCCAGCCAAAUCGCAGAUUCAUAUCCCCUCCCCUCCGCGGACAUCAUCCACGUAACGCCAACACGAGUCCUUCAACGGUACCUCCAAAAGACGCCUUCAUCGAGUCCCUCCUCAUCUAACCCUCUCAUCGCCCAUUCACAACCAGAAAUCCACAUCCCGUCAUCCAUACCCAUCCCCAGCAACGACUCUCACCCUCUCAACAUCCCAGUCACAUCCUUCUCAGAAAACCUCCCCGAGAAGGAAGACACAACCCACAUAUCAAACAGCUUCAUCUCCCGCUCCGAAUCCGAACCGCCGCCAUCCAAAGUCCCCAAAACAGACCUCCCACGCAGCACAUCCGACACCACUCACAUCCACUCAUCCCCCUCAGCAAUAGAUACCAUCGCCCAGACUCUCGAGAUCAAGCCGCCCUCUCCGCCAGUCGACAUCGCAGACCUGGACCCCACGUCCCUCGUCUCGCCGAAACUCGAAAAACUCUCCCGGGAUUUGUCAUCGCGCUUCAAGGCAGUUUUUCAUCGGCAAGUCGAGCCCUUUGAACGGGGGUACUGGCUCGUGGAUUGUAGGCGCUGGUCCGAGGAGACUCGGCUUCAUGCCUGGGUGUUUUUGACGAAUUAUCUGAAGAGCGGGUUGGCGGGAUGGGGUGUGUGGUGCGGACGGGAUGCGCUGCAUGAGUGGAUGAGGUUUUAUUGCUGGGGACAUGUGGCGAAGCAUGUGUAUUUGUUGAUGUAUCUUGCUAGUGGGAGGCAGAUUAAGGGGACGGGGGCGAGGUGGUUUGAUGGGGAGGGCUUGGUUGCUCUGGAGGUGGGUGGUGUUGAAAAGAGGUGA